AUGCACUGUAACUUCUUCGUCGUGCUGGGCCUCUGCGUCAGCGCCUCUAUCCUGCACGCGACCGACGCGGGUGCGGCCCGACGCGUAGCCCCCGAUCGCCGCCGUUUGGGCCUCAACUACGACUACGACUACGGACACCAGCGCGAGCACCAUGACCCGAAGAAGCACCACCACGAGAAGGGCCGGUCCUACUACCGCCGCCGCCGUCUCGAAGAUGCCAAGGCGGCCGAGUCCUCGGACUAUGCCUACGGCAAGGACGACAAGUACGGCAAAGACAAAAAGGACGACAAGUACGGCACGGACACGUACAGCUAUGGUAAGGAUGACAAGUACGGCCACGACGACUACGAGCACACGAGUUACGGGUAUGACGACUAUGGCUACAAGAGCUACGGCAGGGGCGACUGCGACGACUACGGCAAGAAGGACUACUACGGUUACGGCUACGACGACUACGACGACUACGGCUACUACCCGGACUCGUACGGCUACGGCUACGGCUACGGCUACUACCCGACCUACUACUCGUCGUACUACGACUACCCUGGCAACUACUACGGCUACACCUACGGCUAUGGCUACCCUGGUGUUGGCUUGGGCUACGAGUCCGCGACGGCUGGCGGAGACGCUGGCCUGACGGAAUCGGCCACCGAGUCUGUGACUGCAGACGACUCCCCCAAGGCGGUGGUGGAGGAGAAGAAGACGCCGUCGAAGGAGGACAAGUCGAAGGAGGACAAGUCGAAGGAGGACAAGUCGAAGGAGGACAAGUCGAAGGAGGACAAGUCGAAGGAGGACAAGUCGAAAGACAAGUCGAAGGGCAAGUGA